AAGAAAUGGAGAGGGGGAGGGAAGAAGAUAAACAUGUAAAAGGUGUGAUAUGUGUGGUCAGUGAUCAGCUGUGAAGCUACAGUCUUUAGCAGUCAUGGGUCCUGCGCUGAUGCUGCUUGUGCUGACCCUGUCCAGCCUGUCUCAGCCUGCAAGAGGGGGCCUCCUGGAUGUCUUUACUGAUAUUGCAGAUGCUCUGGAUGACUAUGUCUACUAUGACUUUACUGAGGAUCCGUCGGUGGUGUCUGAUUAUGACUUAGGCUGGCUAACAGAUCUGUUUGACGAGACAAAUGAGUGUGAACCCAAUCCCUGUUUGAAUGAUGGUAGUUGCAAACUGAAGGGCAAUGGUGGUUACACAUGCUCCUGUGUACCACCAUACUCUGGCAAGAAGUGCGAGAAAUUUGUAAAUCACUGUAAGAAAGUCAACUGCGGCGGCGGUGAGUGUGUACUCAUAAAGGCGGCUCCUUUCUAUGAGUGCAAGUGCAAAGCCCCAUUUCAACCCCCAAACUGCAAGAAAGCGGCAGCCUGCAAACCCAACCCCUGCAUAAAUGGUGGAACUUGCCAGAAGGGACGAACCAGAAACAAGUUUACCUGCCUCUGUCCUCCUGGCUAUAGUGGAAAGUUCUGCCAAGUUGGCCCAGGUGACUGCUAUGAAGGAGAAGGAGAGUCAUACCGGGGGUUAAUGAGUGAGACGGUGGAGGGUGAUGACUGUCUGCCCUGGAACUCUCACCUCGUCCCCUUCCAUAACGUUGAUCUGAUGGAUGGCUUAGGCGCUCACAGCUACUGCAGAAAUCCUGAUGGAGAGACCGCCCCCUGGUGCUUCACCAGGGUAAAGAAGAAGGCACUCUGGGAGUUCUGCAAUGUGACCAAGUGCUCUGAAGGCACAGCCUUACCCACGGUACCAGUCCUUCCUGCACCCACCAACCCUUCAAGUAGCCAGGAUCCCCCCAGGCAGCAGUUUGCCCAGUGCGGCAAGCCCCAGCCUGGCAGCAUGACCUCCAGGAUCUUCGGGGGCAAUAAGGCCAUGCCGGCGGCCCACCCCUGGCAGGUCUCAAUGCAGGUCAGGCGCAAGCGCACCAGGGAUGACUUCGGACACAUGUGUGGAGGAAUCCUCAUCGACUCAUGCUGGGUCCUCACAGCCGCUCACUGCAUUAACAGGAUGGAUGAAAUGCAGGUGGAGGUGGGUGGUGUCAUGCUGGAGAAGAAGGAGGACUCGGAGCAGAUCAUUCCCGUGGAGGACUACAUAGUUCAUGAGAACUACAAGGAGACAAAAGAUGCUCUGUUCAAUGACAUAGCUCUGCUGAAACUGAAGGGUGCGAAGGGCCAGUGCGCCAGAGAGACCAGGUUUGUAAAGACAGCCUGCCUGCCUACCGGCCCCCUCCCAGACUCCACCGAGUGCUUCAUAUCAGGAUGGGGGGAGACAGAGACAGAGUAUUACAGUACGAGGCUUCUGGCAGCCAAGGUGCGUCUGAUCUCCCAGCAGCGCUGCACAGCUCCUGAUGUCUAUGGUGACAGGCUGGACGACAGCAUGAUCUGUGCUGGGAAAAUGCAGGGAGGAGUGGACACCUGCCAGGGUGACUCUGGGGGUCCUCUGGUGUGUCAGAAGGAUGGGGUCCACUAUGUCUACGGCGUGGUUAGCUGGGGUGAUGCCUGUGGUUUGAAGAACAAACCUGGAAUUUACGCCCGAGUCAGCAAGUUUAUCGACUGGAUCAACUCCAAAAUGCAAAACGCCUGAAUCUGUGUUAGAAGGGUGUGUGUGUAGGCUGGGGGCCGGGGUCAGUGAACCAGAGAAAAGAGAUCAAUAUAGAAUUAGCUGACCACAGUAACAGGCCAGCAUGAAGUGUGUGUGUGUGUGUGUGUGCAAACACUCUUAAUUGUCAUGAAGCCACAUGUUAAUUUUCCCUGUGAUGUAAUGUGUAAAAUGAAUAAUGUGAAUAUUAUGAACAGAUGUUGACAAUCAAUCUGAAAUAAAUAAAAAAAAUGUUACAAAUAAA